CUCAUCGGAGAGACCGGCCACUGGUUGCUACAGGGUUCUGGCUUCCAGUCGUCUCGGAGGGAGAAGUAUGGCAACGUGUUCAAGACGCACUUGCUGGGGCGGCCUCUGAUCCGCGUGACCGGCGCGGAAAAUGUGCGCAAGAUCCUUAUGGGCGAGCACCACCUCGUGAGCACCGAGUGGCCCCGAAGCACGCGCAUGCUGCUUGGCCCCAACACUGUGGCCAACUCUAUUGGCGACAUCCACCGUAACAAGCGCAAGGUCUUCUCCAAGAUCUUUAGCCAUGAAGCCCUGGAGAGCUACCUGCCCAAGAUCCAGCUGGUGAUCCAGGACACACUGCGGGCCUGGAGCAGCCGCCCUGAGGCCAUCAAUGUGUACCAGGAGGCCCAGAAGCUCACCUUCCGCAUGGCCAUCCGGGUGCUGCUGGGCUUCAGCAUCCCUGAGGAGGACCUCGGGCACCUCUUCGAGGUCUACCAGCAAUUUGUGGAGAAUGUCUUCUCCCUGCCUGUAGACUUGCCUUUCAGUGGCUACCGGAGGGGCAUUCAGGCUCGGCAGACUCUCCAGAAGGGGUUGGAAAAGGCGAUUCGGGAGAAGCUGCAGUGCACGCAGGGCAAGGACUAUGCAGAUGCACUGGACAUCCUCAUUGAGAGCAGCAAGGAGCACGGGAAGGAGAUGACCAUGCAGGAACUGAAGGAUGGGACCUUGGAGCUGAUCUUCGCGGCCUACGCCACCACGGCCAGUGCCAGCACCUCACUCAUCAUGCAGCUGCUGAAGCACCCGGCCGUGCUGGAGAAGCUGCGGGAGGAGCUGCGGGCCCAGGGCCUGCUGCAUAGCGGCGGCUGCCCCUGCGAGGGCACCCUGCGCCUGGACACGCUCAGCGAGCUGCACUACCUGGACUGUGUCAUCAAGGAGGUCAUGCGCCUUUUCACACCCAUUUCCGGCGGCUACCGCACCGUGCUGCAGACCUUUGAGCUCGAUGGUUUCCAGAUCCCCAAAGGCUGGAGUGUCAUGUACAGUAUCCGAGAUACCCACGACACAGCGCCCGUGUUCAAAGAUGUGACCGUGUUCGAUCCUGACCGCUUCAGCCAGGCCCGGAGUGAAGACAAGGACGGCCGCUUCCAUUACCUGCCGUUUGGCGGUGGCGUCCGGACCUGCCUUGGCAAGCACCUGGCCAAGCUGUUCCUGAAGGUGCUGGCGGUGGAGCUGGCCAGCACCAGCCGCUUUGAGCUGGCCACCCGGACCUUCCCCCGCAUCACCCUGGUCCCUGUCCUGCACCCCGUGGAUGGCCUCAGCGUCAAAUUCUUUGGCCUGGACUCCAACCAGAACAAGAUCCUGCCGGAGACGGAGGCCAUGCUGAGUGCCACAGUCUAGCGGUGCCAGCCUGCACCCUGCCUCAGCCCAGCCAGGCAGGGCAUGGGGCACGGGAGGUAGAAACCUGUGUGUGGGAGGGGGCUAAAACCUGGGGAGGGCCAGCACCCCGAUUCUGGCCCUCAUCCUUGUCCCCCCGCCCCCUGCAAACCCUACCCAAAGCCAAAAGGGUCCCUCCUGUCUGGGGAUGGGCUCCCCUUCUGGCUCCUGCUUCCCUCCAGGCUCUCCCCAGUUGCCACCUGCUCUGCUCCUGUAGAGGGCGGGGCAGGGGCUGCGUGCCUGUUACAGUGUUAAGUGUCGGUCAGCUGUGCUGCAGUGUGCGCUCCUGAUGUCCUCGGCUGGCUCUUCCCUCUAGCUCCCUUCGGACCCUUUUACUGGGAGGUCAGGUGGCUGAGCUGGGGGAAGGAGGAAGAGAGGGGACCCGACCCCCCCCCAGGUGCUUUCUUUAGUGCCCCACCCUCUCCUGCCACUGCUGGGCAGGGGCAAGGGCCCCUGGUGCUGCGGCUAAACAGCACCCCUGGUCAUAGAGUCACUUUUGGCAGAGGCAGGGGCUGCCACCAGCCUGGAGCGCCCCCCCAACCCCCACCAGUUUGGACAUUUGAAAUUACCUAUUGCUGCUACUUGUUCUCUCCUCUGACCUUGGGGCAAAGGAGCCCCAGGCCCUGUCCCCCAGCAUCCUCCCUGGUGGCCCUGGAUGAGUGCACGGACAUCCCCACCUUCCUUCCAGGCAGGACCCCACUGAGCCAGGUCCCCUCCUGCUAAAUGCAUACCCAACUGAGGCCCUGGGCUCACGGGCUACCUGCCCUCUCCCCCACUCCCAUAUUUAUUCACUGAUAGAGAAUCUUGGUCUGGAGCAAACAUCUCCCCAGCCCCUAGCCUUGGUUCCAGCCAGCCCGGGCAAGACUUCUGAGAGUGAAGAGAGAGGGGUCACUGGUCAAAGCAGCCUCCUCUGCAUCCUAGGGUUGAACUGCUGUCCCAGGCUCCGACACUACUUGGGUUUAACCUCAGAUCCUCACUCCUGGGUUGAAACUCAGCACCUCUGCCCGUUGUCCUUAAUGGAGAUGGGGAAUGGCUUUGUGCCUCCUCCUGCGCUGUCCAAAGCCCUGAUCACGUGGAUUUGGAAACUACCACGCUUUCCUGCAUGGCCACUGUUCACACCCUCACCCCUGCUAGUGAGUAUGGAGAAGGAUACGGGUUCUAUUGACGGGGAGCGAGGGCCUCGUCUUCCCUCCUUAACCUGACCCUCUGCCCUUAGCCCUAGGAAAGCUGUCCUUGAAGUUCCUACCACCUCUGUGCCGCUGUCUGCUCAGCCCAGCUCAGGGGUGCGGGAAUAAGAAGAAAGCAAGGGGGAGGUGGGCGGAAGGCAGUUCUUCCUCAGGCUGACUCCAGGUCCUCAGGGACUCGAGAGCGCUGCAGGGAGGCUGCAGAGAGCCAAGAGCGAGAAGGGGGGCGUACGUGCGAUUUAUCAGAAAUGACUUGGUUGAAACCAGGCCAAUGAGGGGAUGACUGGGCAAAAGAGGCAUGGCUCUUGCCACUGACAUUUAGAGUGUUGACAAUUUGGGAAGCUCCUGGGGAUGUUUUGGGGGGCCUUGGUGAGUCUCUAAGCAGUUUUGUCUGUUCUCAGAUUUUUCUUUGCUUUUCGUGUUUCUCACUUAGUUUUUGAGUUUAUAAAAACAAGGAAUCCUCUUUACUAAAAACAAAACAAAACAAACAAACACAAACAAAACAGAAGGAUUACAAUGCAUGAUGACCUACCCCACCUGCCGCUGUAAGCAUCUCAGGGGUCCCUUCAGUAGACAGACCUGUGGAUAGACCUAGUCCCAUCUGCCCUGAAGGUAGACUUUAUGGGCUAACACCACACAGACUAUUCUAGAACCCCUGGUUCUCAAAAGGCUUGUUUCCAGUGUUUUUGCUAUUAUAAAAACUGUGGAAUAGGUAUUAUUGGCAAAAAUUGAAAAACGAUUUUAAGUUAGCAAAAAUUCCUGAUACGACUUCCCAUCCUCCAAAUUCUGAAAAAUGGCCCAUAAUGGGUAAGACUCAUCAAAGCUUGCAAAAUAGCUGCAUGGUGCACCAGAAUCUGUUACCCACAAAAAGCCCAGUGUAUGGAAGUUUCAUUUUCCUCUGACUGAGUACCUAGGAGUGCAGUAAGUGACACUUCAGACUGGAAGCCCUCCAGGCCUAGGGAGGGGGCCCAGGGCUAGAGCACUGUGGGUGGCCUCAGGAGCCUUCCCUUCAGGUGGCGAGCUGAGGAGGGGUAGAGGACAAGCCAAGGGGGAUUCCUGUGAGGAAGAAGAGAAGGAUCAUUUGCCCUGUUGGGUCUCAAAGGCAACGAGGAGAACUGAAGAAUGCUCUGGCUGGCUGACGGAUUUCAAGGCUGCAAUUCGCCCGUCUCCCCUCUCGAUCCGUACUGAGACCCGUACUGUGUGUGUUCCUGUGUGUGUUUCCUAGAGGUAGCAAUUAGAUGGGUGAUGUUUUCUCACUUACCAUUCCUAACUAUUGUAACUUGACAUUAAAAAGACAAAACCCCACAAAACUCUCCCUGCCAUGGGCUUUGCAGAUUGAAGCACUUUUGAUGUCGGGCGCUGGCGUUUGUAUUCUGGGCACCAACCUGACCCUGCCCGGAUUGCUCUAAUAUUAUUUUAUACACAAACUUUUUUUUUUUCAUAAAUGUUUUAAUUUUGUGUCUGUCUUUAUAAACUAUUAUAAGUACUAUUUUUGUUAUAAUUCAAAAUAGAUAUUUAGUAUAAAGUUUUUGCUGUUAAAUAUUUGUUAUUUAGUAAAAUAUGAAUUUUUCCUCUAUUGUAAACAUGGUUCAAAAUAUUAAUAUGUUUUUAUCGCAGUUGUUUUAAUAUUGAAAAAGCACUUGUGUGUUUCGUUUGGAUAUGAAACUGGUGCCGCGUGUUUUUGCUGUCAUGUGAUUUUAAUCUGUAUAUAAUAUUCCAUGUCGCAUAUUAAAAAAAAAUGAAUGUUGUGCAUUUCGUGAUUUCGGGAAUACUCGAUGUGGCUCUUUUAUAGGCUUCCGUAAUAAACCGUGGG